CUCCACUGAGGUCGAGAUGCUCAUCAUGGGGGCUGUGCUGCUGUUACUAAUUGGUGUGGCUGAUGGUGUGGAGACCUUCUGCGACGCCACACAGCCACACAUCACGACCCAGUGCUUUGGCUCUCUGGGAGGAACCGUGGAGGUCCUGCUGCCUAAGACCUCACAGGAUGAUCACUACAGACUGAGGAAAAACGAUGUCCCGAUUUUACCAGACCGCAGUCCGACAACAAACAUUCAAUAUUCAUUUAAUGUCAGUACUGGAAUGUUUGCUAUAAAGGAAUUCAACAGGACAGACAAGGGUACAUACUGGAUAGAUGUUUAUGAUCAGAAUGGAAAGGAAAUAUCAUUCAACCUAUUUCGCUUAUCCAUUGAAGGUGUGAAGACCAUCUGCAACGCCACACAGCCACAUAUCACAACCCAGUGCUCCGGCUCUCCGGGAGGAACUGUGGAGGUCCAGCUGCCUGCUAAGACCUCACAAAAUGAUAUCUACACACUGAAGAAAAACAAUGCCCAGAUUUUAUCAGGCCGUCAUCAGACAGCAAACCUUCGAUAUUCAUUGAAUGUUAAUACUGGAUUGUUUGCUAUAAAGGACUUCGACUGGUCAGACUACGGUACAUACUCUAUGAAACUACACGAUGCAGCUGGAAGGGAAUUAGCAAAUACAAAAUGUAAUUUAACCAUUCAAGCCCCGGUCUCCUCUCCCCUCCUGUCCCGGGAGUGUCUGUCCUGGGGACAGCAGAGGGUGUCCUGCUCUGCCGGGGGGGGGGGACUCCACUACAGCUGGAGUCUAGACGGACUCCCGCUGAACGACACGCGUCUCCUCUCCGGACCCAGUAGCGCUAGUGACGUCACUCUGGAGCCGGGCCGCUCGGGACUGCUCAGCUGCUCGGUCCGCAACAACGUGAGCCACGCCGCGGCUAACACCACCUUGUCUGUGUGUUACGCCAGCCGAUAA